AUGAAAAUCCAGCGGAUUCCCUCCCUAGCCGUUAUAUUUGGGCUAGCAAAUCUGGCCCUAGCAAGAAAUAAACGGAAACCCGGCCCGACUCAAGAUGGUAGUAGUCCUCUUCUUUGGUGCGAAGCUGACCUAUAUAUAUUGGGCUUUUCGGGCACAAAACCAAUUCUCGUAGAGGAGCAAGACAUUUGGCCGUUUCCGGGUCAGGCCGUUUUUAAACAUGGUGCAUAUACGGUCACUGUUACCGUGGACGACCGUUGCGAGCCUUUACGCGCAGAUGGCUUAAUCGAAGGCCUGCAUAUCCUCAAAAUUCUCAGCGAACAAUCAAAGGCAAGAUAG